CUGCCACUCUCUCCUCCUCCACUGAUCCUCCACGCAGCCAUGGCGCUCCGCACGCUGGCCUCCAGGAAAACCCUAGCCGCCGCCCGCCCGCUGGCGAGAGGGGUGACGACCUUCACGCUCCCGGACCUCCCCUACGACUACGGCGCGCUGGAGCCGGCCGUCUCCGGGGAGAUCAUGCGCCUGCACCACCAGAAGCACCACGCCACCUACGUCGCCAACUACAACAAGGCGCUCGAGCAGCUCGACGCCGCCCUCGCCAAGGGGGACGCCCCCGCCGUCGUCCACCUCCAGGGCGCCAUCAAGUUCAACGGCGGAGGUCACGUCAAUCAUUCCAUCUUCUGGAACAACCUAAAGCCUAUCAGCGAGGGUGGUGGCGAGCCACCGCAUGGGAAACUUGGUUGGGCCAUCGAUGAGGAUUUUGGUUCAUUUGAGGCACUUGUAAAGAAGAUGAACGCUGAGGGUGCAGCUUUACAAGGAUCUGGAUGGGUGUGGCUAGCUUUGGAUAAAGAGGCAAAAAAGCUUUCCGUGGAAACAACUGCUAACCAGGACCCUCUGGUAACAAAAGGGGCCAAUUUGGUUCCUUUGUUGGGCAUUGAUGUCUGGGAGCAUGCCUACUACCUGCAGUACAAGAAUGUCAGGCCAGAUUACCUGAGCAACAUCUGGAAGGUGAUGAACUGGAAAUACGCUGGAGAGGUGUACGAAAAUGCGGCUGCUUGAUAUUUCUGAAGGCGAUGCUUGUGGUCUUUUCACCUAGUGCUGCCAUGAAUCUCUGUAUGCAAUAAAAUGGGCCUGUUCCAUUACUGGACCUUCUGUACAUUUGCAUAGAGGUGGACAAAUGAAUAACAUAAUGCCUGUCGGUUUUGCUGCUGUACUUUCUUUGCUGC